ACGACGAUACUGAGAUGCUCGGCGCGGAGGGACUUGGAUUUAAUUUCGACGCUCGUUGGGUUAUUGAUCUCGCGGCCCGUCGAUUCCAGCUUGUCGCAUAAGAAUGCGUUGCAGCGCUGCAUCGAGCACGCCAAGCUUUGGCUCGCUAAGUCGGACCAACCCAUUGAGCCUAAUGCCAGUGUAACUUAUGCCAGCUUGAGAGAGAGACUUAGUAAGAUUAUGGCUUCGGUCUACUUUACUACUACACCGGAAAUGAAAGCUCCAGUGGAAGUUGCUGCGGCAGCUGCUGCUGGGAACUAUGCUCCUUUUCAGGUGCAGGUGCCUGUCCAGGUGGAAGGUGAAGUUGCACACUUCCAGCAGAAGGAUGAAGACACAGCAAAUUUUCAAGGAAACGAGACUGGUGAUAACCAAUCCAGUCGCACAGAGGAACUUCAGAAGGAUGAAUUAGAAACAGAAAAUCCUUCUGAGGUUGUCUCGGUUCAACAAGAACAAGCCAAGCUAGAAACAGAACUAGAGUACAAUCAAAGAGAUGUAGAAUCUGAGCAACAGCAAUUUUCACGCAGGCCAUAUCAAAACCAAAGAGGUGGUCGUGGUGGAGGUGGGCGUAGAGUAAACACCAAUGGCCGUGGAGGUCGAGGCAGUGGAAGAGGAGGUGGACCCUACCAGAAUGGCCGCAACCAGUUCUAUGACCAGCCUGGAAAUUAUUAUCCGAGGAACUACUAUAACAAUAGGGGAAGGGGCGGUAGAGGUGGUGGGCCCUCUUACAACCACCACGGUUCCGCAGCUCAAGAUGGCCAUAACUCGGCCAACGUUGGAGUUGCAUCAUGACAAUACUGUUAGUUUCCAUAGGAUGCUUCUUUACUAGUUUUUAUAAUGGGGGUUGUGGUUGGGGGUGGGGGUGAAAACGUUUUCUGCUUUGCAUGAAAUAUUGUUUGGCUGUGAGUUCUGCCGUUGACGAAUUCACCAUCCAGGACGUCUUUUGGUCUUUUGUAGUUUCAGCUCAUGCAUUUUGUGGUCAAAAACUUUGAAGGAGGUAACAUGUUGCAGUAUUUUUGGGACAUGAUUUGACUUAAUUUAACGCAGGUGCCGGCCUGCCUGAUGAUUAAAUUUCCCCCUAUGAGUA